AUGGGCGUGACUGGAAUCAUUGAUCUCCCUGCCUCGAACGGGCACCGGUUCAUUCUCGUAGCAAUCGAAUAUUUCACCAAAUGGGUCGAAACAGCAUCCUACAAGAAUGUGACCAAAAAAGUAGUAACCGAUUUUCUAAGAAACCACAUCAUUUGUCGUUUUGACGUGCCAGAGACAUUAAUCACUCAUAAUGCCAAAAACCUCAAUAAUGACAUGGUAGAUGGAUUAUGCAACCAGUUCAAGAUUAAACAUCGAAAUUCUGCUACCUACAGAUCUCAAAUGAAUGUAGCUGUGGAGGCCGCAUACAAAAAUUUGAAGAAAAUCAUUCGCAAGAUGACGGAAAAGCAUCGCGAUUGGCAUAAAAAGUUGUCAUACGCAUUAAUGGCUUAUCGGACCGCAAUCAGAACUUCUAUUGAGGCAAUGCCUUAUUCUCUUAUGUAUGGGAUGGAAGUAGUGCUACCUGCAGAGAUUGAGAUCCCCUCCUUGCGCAUUUUAAUGGAAGCUCAACUGGAGGAAGCUGAAUGGAUCAAACAGAGACACGAACAAUUGUCUUUAAUUGAUGAAAGGCGCUUAAAUGCUAUUUGCCAUGGACAAUGCUAUCAAAGGAGAAUGGCCCAUGCUUAUAAUAAGAAAGUUCGACCUCGAUUGUUCAAAGAGGAGAUACAGUUUUGA